GUGCGGGGGUCUCCGGUCUAUAAUAAAGCCGGCGACUGCGCCUUUUCCCCAAACACAACUGAGAAGAACUAAAGAUUUUAACAGGACUCCAAACCAGAAGAAAACUCGAGAAGAUUUUUUUUUCCCCGACUUGUUUAUAAUAUUUCACAUUUUCAACAGCUGGGCUGUGAUUCAACGUUUUGCUUCUUUGAAACGCGAAAUUUCUGCGCUAAUAGUGUUCAGUCUCGCAUUCUUUCAUUUUUCUUACCUCAUCAAACAUUUAUUUAAUCUUCCGCAAUGUUUCCAGACGCAAACAAAGGCUACAACUACGAGGACUGCAAGGCCACUACUGAUUGGCUGCUGGCCCAGACAGACGUCCGACCCACGGUGGGCAUCGUGUGCGGCUCGGGCCUCGGAGGGCUGGCUGACAUGUUAAAGGACCAGGUAGCCUUCAACUACAAGGACAUCCCCAACUUUCCACAGAGCACCGUGCAUGGACAUGCAGGUCGGCUGGUGUUCGGCAACUUAAAGGGGAGGCCGUGUGUUUGCAUGCAGGGGCGCUUCCACUUGUAUGAGGGCUACCCAAUCCAGAAGAUUACACUGCCCAUACGCAUCUUCAAGAUGCUCGGCGUGGAGACGGUGAUGCUGACCAACGCAGCCGGAGGCCUCAAUCAGGACUUCAAAGUGGGAGACAUCAUGAUCAUCAAAGACCACCUCAACAUGCCGGGCUUCUCUGGAUGCAACCCGCUGGCUGGACCCAAUGAUGAGAGGUUCGGUGUGCGUUUCCCCUGCAUGUCCGACGCAUAUGACAGAGAGCUGCAGCAGCUGGCCAUGGAUGUGGGACAGGAGCUCGGCUAUGGAGACUUCCUGAAGGAGGGUGUCUACUGCGUGGUGGGCGGACCCUCGUUCGAGACCAUCGCAGAGUCCCGUAUGCUGCACAAACUGGGCGCUGAUGCUGUUGGCAUGAGCACCGUCCACGAGGUGAUCAUCGCGCGUCACUGCGGCAUGCGAGUCUUCGCCCUCUCCUUGAUCACCAACCAGGCGGUGACGGACUACGACAGCGCAGAGAAGGCCAAUCACGAAGAGGUCCUUCAGACGGGCCAGCAGCGAGCAGAGCAGCUGGAGCGGCUGGUUUCCACCAUGGUGACCAAGAUCGAGUACAACGACAACUACGCCUAAGAGACAGGGGGCACCCAUGUUAGUCAGAAGCUAGAUUUUAGUAUGACUGGUGGAAGUUUACAUUCUAAUGCUAUUGUGCCAAAGAAAAUCUCACUUAGUUUAUUAUUUAGGUGAGCAGUUGGGCUGUUUUUAGUCUAAGGUCAAAAAACGAUGACAGCAUCGUAGUCCUAAAGAAUCUCUCUGAGAUAUAAACAGAAACACAGGGCGCACACAACCUUUGUUUUCUUGUCACUGUGCCGUAAAUGAAAAUUUACAUUCCUCUACCGAGCGGCUCCAGACGACAAGUCGCUUCACGUUUUGGGUUUUCUUUGUCUUUAUCAUUUUGAACGAGGCGUUUUUGUUCUAACUCGUAUGUAUGAUUAGCUGUAUAAAUGUCUGCAAUUUAACUUUACAGUAGAUUUUUGCUCAUUGUUAUUAUGAUGUUGAAAUGUGUACGACAGUGGACUUUUAUUGGUGGCAUUUUAUUGUGCUUGUUUUUUGUAAUAUGAAUGUUGUUACUAAAGGUACUAUUUAUUACUAUA